CGAGUCACCACCAUUCCCCCUCCCUGCGCUUCCCCCUCCUUCCUCGACCCUCGUCCCAUAAACCAGCAGUCAUGGAAAUUUCAGGUGAUCGUCCGAAGAAGGAGAUUACCUACUGCGUCACUGGGGGGAGUGGCUACAUCGGGUCGUGGCUCGUUAAAUCUCUCCUGGAAAAGGGCUACAAGGUCCACGCCACAACCAGGGAUCCAGAGAAGGCAUCCAAGGUUCUGUCCUUUGGAAACGAUCAUGGAGGCAGGCUCAAGGUCUUCAAGGCUGACAUGAUUGAACCGGGCAGCUAUGAUGCGGCAGUAGAGGGCUGCGAUGGCGUCUUUCAUGUGGCAGCUCAUAUGGAGUUUGGCGUUUACAGUAGACAAAAUCCUGACAGCUAUCUGAAGUCCGAUGUCCACAAGCUGGCGACGGCCGGCACACUGAACGUUCUAGAAGCUUGCCUGAAGGCUAAAACGGUGAAGAGGGUGGUGAUGACGUCGUCCGUCAGCAUCAUCACGGCAAGGGACGUCGGCGGGAAGCUGAAGAGUACGGUGGUGGACGAGUCCUGCCUUAACUCCAUCGACUCCAUUCUGCGCGCCCGGGCUCAUGGAUGGGUCUACGCAGCAUCAAAGAUCAUUGCAGAUCAAACGGCACUAAAAUUUGUUAAUGAGAAGGGCUUGGACUUGGUGUCCAUAAUACCAUCAACUGUGGGCGGUCCAUUCUUGACCCCUACUGUUCCUGCAAGCCUCCAAGUACUGUUGUCCCCAUUCACAGGAGACCGGGGCCUUUAUCCGAUAAUAACUGCAGUGAAUUCCAGAUUGGGGUGCAUCCCCAUUGUCCACAUAGAAGACAUAUGUGACGCUCACAUUUUCUUGAUGGAGGAAAGGGAGGCAAAGGGACGUUACAUUUGCUCUGCACAUAGUUGUGAUCUCCAUCAACUCACCGACUUCUGCAAUCAGCAGUAUUCCCUUCCCGUCAAACACAAAUUGUCGGACGAGCCUGAAGGGUGGACUCCUACAACACUCUCCUCUGAAAGGCUGAAAAAGCUGGGCUUCCAAUUCAAGCACGGGAUGAAGAAGAUACUCAAAGACACCGUUGAUUGCAGCGCUGAGCUUGGGCUGCUCAGCAGCACUCCACCAAACUGAGCCACCUCGGUGCUGCAUUUAAAAACGAACCAGCUGGUUGGAUCGACCACUUUCAAGCAGUAACUCUUGUAAGCUAUGAACAGACUGUGUUGUGCUUUCUCAUCUGUUGAAUGUCAGGUUGCUCAGAGUUGCAGACAUGAAGCAAAGAUUAUCGAUGUGGAAAUGUCAGGUUCUCUGCUAGAGUGUUAAAAUAAAAUAAAUCGUGACUGUGUGUUGCAGUGAGGAUGUUUUAAA